CAAAUACAAUACAAAAUACUCCUACUCUUUUAUACUUUUUAUUUAUUACUCUUUAUUACCAAUAUCCAUAUCAUCUUUCAUCAAUAUUUUUGUUGUUCUUAAUUUGUUUUCCUUCUGAUUCUUCUAUAUUUUAAUCAAACACUUACCAUAUAUUAAGAGUAAUUUUCAUUUAUUAUUAUUAUUAUUAUUAGUAGUAGUAGUGGUAUUAUCUCCUUUGCCUAAGCUUCAAUUUACAGCUUUCAAAAUGUCAAAAUCUGUAACAACCGACCACAUGUUUGAUUUAUUGCUUCAUCUUCCUAAUUUAGUACUUCUCAAACCAGAUAAGCUUUGAUUUUCCUUGUUUGAUUGCUACUUUUUCUGGGUUUUACCUUAAUUUUGAUCAUAAAGCUUGAUUUUUUAGCUUCUUGAUUCUGUUUUACCCCAUUUCUUGAUCUGGGUUGUGGUUAGUUUCUAAGAGGAUAAGCCCAAAUUCUGUCUGUUUGGUAAAGGAAAGUUGGAAUCUUUUUGUUUUUGGGAUUCUUUGAUUCUUCCUUUAUUUUUGUUUUGGUGUAGUCCUUAGCUUAAUUUUGCUUGUUCUUUCACUCUCUCUCUCCCUCUCUUGUUUUCUCCUCUCCUUUCUUCAUUAAUCUCAUUAGCUUAUUGUUUGAUGGAGGAAAAGUUGGCAUCUUUCAAGGAAGUGGGUUAGUUCUUGGAUUGCUUAAUUAAUUUUCCCUGUAUUUAUUCUCUUCAAAAUUGGAAUUUUCCUGAAUUUUCUGGGUUUAUAUAAUAAAUCCCUAUUUUCUUCAAACUUUAGUCUAUAUUGGGUUAAAAUAUUACUGUUGAUGAGUUUGCUACAUGUUCUUGGUUUUGGGUUAAAGGCUGGUCAUGUUCUUCUGUUAAUAUGUUGCUGGUUUACAUCAGUGAUCCCCAUGAAGAAUUGGCUGACUGAUAGUGGAGUAAUGGAUGGUAAACCUAAUAUAGUUGGUGAUGGUGGGAAGGUUUUAUGUGAUUGGUGGAAAAGUUUUAUGAAAACUUGUAAGAUCCAUAAACUUAAACCCUACUUUGAGCCUAAAAAGUUAGUCAGACAACCAUGGUGGAAGUAUCUAUGGAUUGCUUGGGUCAUUUUUUGGGUUAUAAUCUGUCUUUCAAUCUUUUGGUUUAUGCAUUUGUAUGCUUCAGAAAGAAGGAAAGAAGGACUUGGUAGUAUGUGUGAUGAGAGAGCUAGGAUGUUGCAAGAUCAGUUUAAUGUCAGUAUGAAUCAUAUUCAAGCUAUGUCCAUCCUAAUCUCUACUUUUCACCAUGGAAAAAACCCAUCUGCUAUUGAUCAGCAAACCUUUUCAAGAUACACAGAAAGAACUGCUUUUGAGCGGCCGUUAACAAGUGGGGUGGCAUAUGCUGUGAAAGUUCUCCAUCCUGAAAGAGAACAAUUUGAGAAACAACAUGGCUGGGCAAUUAAGAGGAUGGAUACCAUUGAACAAGAACAUUUUCAAAAGGCUGAUAAUGCCGAGCCUUCUCCAGUUCAAGAAGAAUACGCCCCGGUAAUCUUUGCACAAGAUACCAUUUCACAUAUGGUUUCCGUAGAUGUGCUUACUGGCAAGGAGGAUCGUGAAAAUGUUUUGCGAGCAAGAGCUUCCGGAAAGGGAGUUCUCACAGCCCCUUUCCCGUUGCUUAAGACUGGCCGCCUUGGAGUUAUAUUAACUUUUGCUGUGUAUAAAAGAGAGCUUCCCUCCAAUGCUACCCCAGACGAACGAAUUCAAGCCGCUGAUGGGUAUCUAGGAGGGGUUUUCGACAUAGAGUCAUUGGUGGAGAAAUUACUUCAGCAGCUUGCUAGCAAACAGACUAUCCUCGUGAAUGUGUAUGAUACAACUAAUUCCUUGCAACCCAUCAGUAUGUAUGGCUCAGAUGAAUAUGUUGAUGAAUUGGAGCAUGUCAGCCCACUAAACUUUGGAGAUCCUUUUAGAAGCCAUGAAAUGCGCUGCAGAUUUAAACAAAAACCUCCAUGGCCGUGGGUAGCCACUGCGCUUGCUAUUGGGAUAUUGGUGAUUGCUUUACUUGUUGGUCACAUAUUCCAUGCAACUGUAAAUAGGAUCGCUAAAGUAGAGGAAGACUAUAAUGAUAUGAUGGAGCUUAAGAAACGAGCUGAGGCAGCAGAUAUUGCCAAGUCCCAGUUCCUUGCGACAGUUUCACACGAGAUCAGAACCCCUAUGAAUGGUGUUCUAGGAAUGCUUCACAUGCUUAUGGACACUAACUUGGAUGUUACGCAAGAAGAUUAUGUAAGGACAGCUCAGGCAAGCGGGAAAGCUCUAGUUUCUCUUAUUAAUGAGGUUCUUGACCAGGCAAAAAUUGAGUCUGGUAAAGUUGAGCUAGAGGCUGUUACUUUUGAUUUGCGUGCAAUUCUCGAUGAUGUUUCAUCCCUCUUUUCGGGGAAAUCUCAAGAGAAAGGAGUAGAGCUUGCAGUUUAUAUUUCCGAGCAAGUUCCAGAGUUGGUUGUUGGUGAUCCCGGAAGGUUCCGUCAAAUUAUUACAAAUCUUAUAGGAAACUCGAUUAAAUUCACGGAGAGAGGACACAUUUUUGUGACGGUCCAUCACGUGGAGGAGGUGAGAAACGCAGUAGAUUUGGAAACGGAGUUUUCAUCGAGGAACACAUUGAGUGGCCUGCCUGUUGCCGACAGACGAGAAAGCUGGGCUGGAUUCAAUGCGUUUUCUAAAGAUGUAGCAUCUAGUUCUUUAUCAUUGUCUUCCACUAAUCUUGUCAACCUAAUUAUCUCAGUUGAAGAUACAGGUUGUGGCAUCCCCUAUGAUGCACAACCUCGCAUCUUCACACCCUUCAUGCAAGUGGGUCCGAGAAACGGAGGCACAGGCAUAGGAUUGAGCAUAAGCAAGUGCUUGGUUGGAUUGAUGAAUGGGGAGAUCGGGUUUGCGAGUAAGCCCAAAUGUGGUUCUACCUUUACAUUCACUGCAGUUUUUGGCAACGCUUCCUUAAGUUCAAAUGUAAUAAACAAAAUACCAAUCAAAAAUCGUACUAAUUCAGCAUCGGCCGAAUUUCAUGGUAUGACGGCAUUAAUCAUAGACCCAAGACAUGUUCGAGUUAAAGUGGCCCGAUAUCAUAUCCAACGACUAGGUAUCAAUGUUGAAGUAGCUUCCAAUUUGAACCAAGGUUUUGUUAUUAUUAGUUCCGGAAAGCGCAUCGAUGUGGUGCUUAUUGAGCAGGAAGUGAGGAAUACGGAUUAUGAAGAUGUCUCCGUAUUCAUCACUAAAUUGCGAAACGUCAAGAAUGGGAAAGAACCUCCAAAACCUUUUAUUUUAGCUAAUAGUCUAAGCUGUGGUAGAGCGAAUUCGGCUUCUAGUGGUGUCGAUACUCCUUGUAUCAUCAUUAAACCGCUGAGGGCAAGCAUGUUAGCUGCGUCACUACAGCGAGUGAUGGGUGUUGGGAACAAAGGAAACAUCCCGAACGGACAGUUGCCGACUUUACCUCUCCAAAACCUCCUUCGCGGGAGAAAAGUUCUUGUUGUUGAUGACAAUAGUAUUAACCUAAAAGUGGCUGCCGGGGCUUUGAAGAAGUAUGGAGCUGAAGUUGUUUGUGUAGAUAGCGGGAAGAAAGCUAUCGAGAAGCUUUGUCCACCACAUUCUUUCGACGCCUGCUUCAUGGACAUACAAAUGCCGGAAAUGGAUGGUUUUGAGGCUACACAGAAAAUCCGAGAAAAAGAGCAUAUCAUCAAUGAUCGAAUUCAACAAGGUGAAGCAGUCACUGAAGCCGUUGAAAAGAAAUCAAACUGGCACGUGCCUAUUUUGGCAAUGACUGCAGAUGUUAUCCAGGCAACUCAUGAGGAAUGCCUCAAGUGUGGAAUGGACGGGUAUGUCUCGAAACCAUUCGAAGCAGAACAACUUUAUCGAGAAGUAUCACGCUUUUUCCAAACAAGUGCUGCUCCUGCUCAUCACAGUGAGUAGGCCUCUUAGCUUCACAUCGAGUUUUUCAGAUGGCACGAGCGUAAGCUUCUUGCCUGCUGGAUGCUCAGGUCUCAAAAGCAGCCCGCAGUCUUCUAUUUUGCAUAUAAAAACGAUUAAUUUCGCAUUAGGGAUGACAUAUACACCAUUCUUGAUUGGGUGACGUUUGAUUGCUCUAUUGAGCUGGUACGGGCACAUUUGUAAGUUUCUUUUUCACAGCGAGACGGGCAUAUAGGAUGAAUUACCCAUGUAAGUGAAGAGCAAGCCUUCUUGGACCUUUUUUUGGAGUCGUAGCUCCUUAACACGGGGCUUCGGAAGGCUCGAGCUUGCUGCCCUCAUUUGGACAGGUAUUUGUAUCAUAGAUUAGCGUUUGCAUAGCAUUGGCAGAGUGUGUAAAGAAUGCGCCUUGUAUAGAUUUUACUCGAAUAAAAGACUUAGAUAUCUUGUUAUAUAGUGUCACAUUUCCUUCCCUCACAGAGUUCGUGACCGAGAAGGAAAAUAGUGUAUAAACUCCAUUCGAAUGUAACUAUUCAGCCUGUAUGUUGAGUAUAGCUUGUAGAUAUCCUACUUCUAGUCUAGUUUAAAAUGUGAGUAACUUUUUGUAAUUUUCUCGUGUGUUCGAUUAUCAACUUUCCUCGUGUGUUGAGUGGCCGACUGAGCUUGAUCUA